AUGAACCACGAGGAUGAGCCUUACCCUCUUCACAAGGCCGCCUUUUUCAACGACACCCGAAAGGUGUAUAACUUGAUUAAGAAAGGUGCCGAUCUCUAUCAACAAGAUGCGCACGGCAAUACCGCGCUUCAUAUUGCGACCAUGCUUGGGCAUAGAGAAGUUACCGCCCUUCUCUUGGUUCACAAUUCCCCGGUGAAAACGAAAAAUGGUGACGGCUGGAAUUGUCUGAUGGAAGCGGUCAGCUAUGGGGAUCGGCAAAUUAUCACCGAAAUGUUGCGAAAGCUAAAAUCCCAACAACGCGAGACGCUCCGCUCCCGGCGGCCGCACAUCGCAAAGGUGCUGCGUGAUCUCGGCGAUUUCUACCUGGAGCUGAAAUGGGACUUUCAUUCGUGGAUCCCCCUUCUCUCCCGUAUGCUACCCUCUGACGUGUGCCGGAUACACAAACGAGGCACGAAAUUGAGGAUGGAUACCACUUUGGUGGAUUUUAAUGAAAAGUCCUGGGAACGCGGGGAUAUCACCUUCCUCUUCGACGCUGAAGCCGAAACCCCGGAGCAGCAACUCGUUGUGUUGGAUAAUAAAUUAAAGGUCUACCAACGAAUCCGCCAUGAAGAAUCAGAAUGCGAGGUCGAUGAGGAGAUUGACGUUUUAAUGUCCUCAGAUAUUGUAUCCGCGUCGAUGUCCACCAAAACCAUCUCUUUCUCUCAAGCCCUGAGUGGCUGGGUGUUCCGGCACAACAGGGAAGAGCAAAUCGGCGAGUACCACACGAAUUUCUACGUGGUCGAGGGCAUGAAUUUGAUAACAAGAAAAAGAAGAGAACACCUCUCCGCCGACGACAUUAAAAAGAACAAGUCGUUUAUGCAGAGUUUAGCUACCGGAAACGCGGUGGCGGAUGAUGAUUUCAAGAGCUUACAACACCGCAAAAGUCUCCCACCACCCGGAAGAGUGCCAACAACCUGGGAAGAAUAUGCAUCAGCCGCUGCGGGUCUGGCUCCUCCCUUGGGUCGACCUCAGGUUGUCAAGUUCAACCAAAAGCAGUUCAAGGCGCUGGUUGGCAUGAGUGAAGACUUCCCGUUGGAUGUCGAUAUUUUGCUUGACAUCCUGGAGAUCCUGGCCCCAUUCAAGCACAUCCAUAAACUACGCAGAUUCUGUGAAGCGAGAUUGCCUCCGGGAUUCCCUGUACGGGUCGAAAUCCCGCUUCUUCCCACAAUCUCGGCCAAGGUGACAUUCCAAAAAUUCGCUUUUGUCGAAGAAAUCUCGGAGAAACUCUACCGCAUCCCGGCAUCUUACCGAGAGGAUAAUACCCGGUUCCCGGAUUUG